AUGCGAAUACCCGCAGGCCUCUCUUCGAUUAUCCUCUCCUCCGCCUUACUACCGAGUCUAAGCGCCGCAAGUGGCUUUGACUGCGCUCACAUCAACGUCGACGGGUUCAAGUAUGACCUAAGUGAGCUGGGCGGUGUCCACUCGCUCUACAAUGUCGAGAAAACAGAGGAACACGUCGUGAACACCACAUAUGUACUGAACAUAUGUAACAUUCUGAAGGGAGCUUCGAUCAAGGGCCAUCUGAAGUGUGGGACAUCGAAGAACAUUUGUGGAUUCCAAUACAAAUACCCGGUCGACGGCUCCGAGGAAACAAGCCGUGCCUUCCCCAUCGUCGGACUCGAGCAUCUUGGCCACGGAACCAAAGACCCCGAGAUCACCCGGCUGAAGAAACUCGAUCCGGCUGAGGAGGGCCUACUGGUCAAACUUUCCGGAGGCAACUACGUCGAUGACGAGGGGAAGAAGAAAGAUGCGGGCGCGGUGCUCGAGUUCCAAUGUGAUCCUGAACGGUCAGGAUUAGAAGGCCUCAAGACGGCCGAUGAGACCGACGACGAGAAGAAAGAGGCCGAGCGGAGACGCGCAGAAGGUGGGGAUGAUAAAGAACAGCCGCCUGACGAGGAAAAAGACCGGUCGCACAGUCUCCAAUUCAAGAGUUUCGGAAAGGCCGAUGACGACUCGUAUGUGCUCAAGCUGAACUGGAAGACCAAGUAUGCCUGUGAUCAUUACCUGGAAGGAAAGAAAGGUGACUCGUCUAGUCACUGGGGUUUCUUUACUUGGUUGAUUAUUAUUCUCUUCCUCUGCAUCGCUGCUUACCUUAUCUUUGGCUCCUGGCUUAACUAUAACCGCUACGGCGCCCGAGGAUGGGAUCUCCUCCCUCACGGCGACACUAUCCGGGAUAUCCCCUAUAUCUUCCAGGAUUGGCUCCGUCGGGUGAUCAACACGCUCCAAGGAUCGGGGUCCAGAGGCGGUUACAGUGCGGUAUAAUGCCGUGAGGUAUAGCGUGGUGGAGGUAUUUCUCUUUCGCUCAUUUAUGUUUUGGGAUUGCUUUUUGUUUCUACAGCACGAUGGGGCCGUGUGUGCGAUAUUAUCUCGGAAAACCUCUAUGAAAGGUAGUUGCAGACUGGGUGGAUUGGGCACGUGCAUGAUAGUACUGUACGAUGAAUGAUAUGCAUUGGUCUUUCUGGCUUUUCCCUCUAUAUACUAUU